UACAGGUUGAUACGGUUGUCUGAGUCAUUCCAUUGCAUUGGCACUGUGGACAGUUGCUGUCGGACCCAGAUCAUAGACCUAUGGACAUACACUGUUGAGGAUUUAGGACUAGAUCUUGGAACUCGGGUCCAUUUUUAAAAUGGAUCAAGACCUGUCGUCUCCGAUGGGCGAGAGCCCUUAUGACAAUGCCGGUGGAGGCAACCUUGGGCGUAACACUGAAGAGCAUGCCUACGACAACGCAACAUUCGAGAAAGACACCGGGGAGCAGACCGCCGUCGACAUGCCACCGCCGUCCGAUGAACCCGUGAAUGACAUCUCUGCCGAGGACGAGAUCGCGGCUAAUAUGGACACUGAGCCUUCAUCCGUGAUCGACGUCAAUGCGGUGGACGGGGACGAGGACGCGGUCGAUGAUGAGAAUGAGAAGGAUGUCGAGAUACCAGAUGAUGAAGAGAUUCCUGUAUAUUCGUAUGUCAACAAAUUAAAGGAGGAAUCCAGAUACGAUAGUAUCAAACUGAAGACAACAGAACUGAGUGACGAGGAGUUACAUCGCAGAAAAGAAAAGUCAAUCAAAAUAUGCCUCGGUCUAUUUGUAUUUGUUCUCAUCGCAGUCAUUGUGGGACUCCUCGGAUUCUAUAUAAAUUAUUCAACGAAAGAAGUUACAACUACAACUCCCAGACCAACCACGAAACAACCCCUUAUCGAGAUAGAUUACAUAGGAGCAGAGCUUACAGUAACUUUCAAUAAUAGGAAUUACUCCGAUGCUUUGAACGACACAACUUCUCCCGAAUAUCAGGCUUUGGUUGAUGAAAUAUCUAUGUUGAUAGAAAGAAUACUGCAGUCUGGAGAGUAUGCUAAUUCGAAUGUGACCAUCUUGGGAUUCAGGCCUGGGAGUAUCGUCGUUAUUAUCGUGGUCUCAACCGACACAGUACCAGAAGAACUCAUUGACGUUCUGGUCGAUGAUGGAAUCGACGUCCUCGCGGAUAUCAUCGGUGAAGAAUUAGUUGCACAACUCACAGAGGGCCUCGUUAAUGAAAGUGCCACUGUUGAAGUUUCUAAUGUUGUCAUACAAGAAGCAACCACCACAGUGGCAACGUCAACAGCGACAACAACAGAACCUACAACAGGCCCAACAGAUGUCCCAACAGAAACCACUCCAGCAAGCACACCAGGAGCACCAGAUACUACACCAGAAACUACACCAGAUACUACACCAGAUACUACACCAGAUACGACACCAGAUACGACACCAGAUACUACACCAGAUACGACACCAGAAAUGACACCAGUGACUACCCCAAUAGUAGAAACUACAACAACACAAGUGUCUUGUCCAGAAGAUCAAUUUGGAUGCCCUUGGCCAGAUUAUAGCUGUAUCGACGAGACACUGGUCUGUGACUUUGUGCCUGAUUGUACAGCGGGAGGAGAUGAAGCUGAGGAAGUGUGUAUGGUCUCUCAAAUAACGGAUGAAAUAAUGGUUCCAUUUGGUGAGUAUGAGAUAUUGAGAGACCCGGAUUCCUAUCCUACAAGGGAUUACGAUACACCUAAUGACUAUCAGCUAUACAAGUUAUCAAGCCCACCAGAUUCACAUCUACUGAUUGAAGUCAUUAGAGUUGUAUUCGAUGGCACUCAAUCUACUGUAUCUAUUGGUAGUGGACUGGAUCCCGUUCAGGCUUUCUACGAUGACAGCAUUCUAUUGACCUACACGAAUGGAUCGGGAUACGUGGGAAAUACUAAGCCAGUGUAUCAAACAUCGCCUGGGAACGAGGCCUACGUCUUGCUGGAGAGGGCACCGGGAGAGGAGAUUGAGAUGUUGGUCCGUGUCAGCGCAUUUAACUGUACAAGUUAUAAUGCAACCCCAUGCUCCAGGUCCAAUCAUUGUUAUCUGGAAGAUGAGAUCUGUGAUGGGAUAGAGCAGUGUGAACGCAGUGGAGAGGAUGAAGAAGAAUGCGAACCAUGCGAUGGGUUUGUAUGCCCAACAAGCGAUCAACUAAACAACUGUAUUCCUGAUAAUUGGGUCUGUGACAAAAUAACUGAUUGCUUGGAUGAUUCUGACGAAUCAAACUGUACUGAACCAUGCGAUGGGUUUGUAUGCCAAACAAUCGAUUCUGGGCUAAACAACUGUAUUCCUUAUAAUUGGGUCUGCGACAACAUUCCUCAUUGCUUCGAUAACUCCGAUGAAUCAAACUGUCCUGGUUGCCCAAGUGGUCUGAACCCGUGCUUCUUUGAUGAGUCUAUUUGUUACAAUGAUACUGCCGAUGUAUGCGAUGGAAGCUACGAUUGCCCAACUGGUAUUGAUGAAUACAACUGCACAGGAUGUUUUGCGUGUCCUGGUUUUUCAUCAUGUUUAUUUGACCUUCAAGUUUGUAACUACUAUAACGAUUGCCCUGAUGGGGAAGAUGAGGCGGAAGAUCUCUGCAAACACUCUGAAUAUAUCAGUAAUGUUGAUAUUCAAGUUGGUGUUUGGACAGAUUUUAGUGAAGGGUUUGUAAGAGAGAGAGCUCUUGAUGAUCGUGAUACUCCAGCAAGCGAAUUCUAUGAUUUCACCCACUAUGUCUUUGAAAGUCCUGAAGGAUCUACCCUGUUUAUGGAGAUACAGAAUUUAACAAUGAACCUGACUGGACCUCUUUUGGGCCUUGUGCGUGUAUCAAUUGGAUCUGGGAGGGACCCAACAGAUCUGUCAUUUCCCUUGGCGUAUGCAGAUGGAUAUGGAUAUAUGGAAAGCUACACCUCUAGCACAAACUUUACCAUGUUUUACAAUACGGGGUAUCUUCUCAUUGCCAUGCCAAAAUCUGUUGCUGGUAUCUUCAAUAUGACUUUCAGGGUCUCGGCUGUUGAAUGUGAGAGUCCUGAAUCCCCCUGUUAUCUCUCUCUGCAUUGUCUGGACAUGGAAAAGGAUUAUUGCGACGGAGAGGUUCAGUGUCUUGAUAGUGGAGAGGAUGAAUACGAGUGUGGAGAUUGCCCAUAUGGCCUGUACCCGUGCUACUUUGACGAGUCCAUUUGUUACAAUUAUACUGCCGUUGGAUGCGAUGGAAACUAUGAUUGUCCAGGAGGUACUGAUGAAUACAACUGUACAGGAUGUUUUGCAUGUCCUGGUUCUUCGGAAUGUUUAGUUGACCUUCAAGUUUGUAACUUCUAUAACGAUUGUCCAUAUGGAGAAGAUGAGACAGAAGAUCUCUGCAAACACUCUGAAUAUGCCAGUAACAAUGACAUCCAAGUUGGUGUUUGGACAAACUUCAGUGAAGGGUUUGUAAGAGAGAGAACUCUUGAUGGUCGUGAUACUCCAGCUAGCGAAUUCUCUGAUUUCACCCACUAUGUCUUUGAAAGUCCUGAAGGAUCUACAUUGUUUCUGGAGAUACAGAAUUUGACAGUGAAUCUGACUGGACCUCUCUUGGAACUUGUGCGUAUUCAGGCUGGAUUUGGGACUGACCCAACAGAUAUUAAUUCUACCCUGGCAUAUGUAGAUGCAUAUGGAAAUUUGGAAAGCUAUAGCGCAAAAUCUACCCUACUGUCCAAUACCGGGUAUCUUCUGAUCGCCAUGCCAAAAUCUGUUGCUGGUACCUUCAAUUUGACUUUCAGUGUCACUGCUAUUGAAUGUGGGAGUCCUGAAUUGCCAUGCCUUGCCUCUCUGCACUGCAUAGAUAUAGAUGACUAUUGUGAUGGGGAGGUUCAAUGUCUUGAUAGUGGAGAGGAUGAAUACGGAUGUGAAGAAUGUUUCAAUGGCGAAUAUUGCUGGUAUGAAUAUGAUAAGUGCAUUCAGCCUCGUGAUAGAUGUAAUGGACUUUAUGACUGCGCAAGUGGAAGUGACGAGACUGAUUGCCCAGGUUGUACCCGUUGUAACGGAACUGCUUGGUGCCCUGCGGAUUUCCAAGUUUGUGACUAUAUAAAGGAUUGCCCAAGUAAUGAUGAUGAGGCAGAAAGUCGCUGUAACCAUACUGCUUUUAUAGAUGAGGUUGAUCUUGCUCCUGGGGAGUCUAUCACCAUAGAGAGAGGUUGGCUGGAUGGCGCUUACGGGGAUCGCGACACACCCGCCAGCAACUUCUACAACUUCACCCACUAUGUCUUCACCUCUCCUCCUGGGACAACACUCUUUGUCGAGGUGCAAAAGAUCACUGUGGUUGGGGAUCCCGGACCCCUGCAAGCUCUAUUCAAAGUUUUAGUCGGGUCUGGAAUCAAUCCUGGCAAGGAUGAGAAUACUUUAGCAUACCUUGGUCUUUAUCACAACAACACAAUAAGUAAUUCAAUUCCUGAUUCUGUGGGCUACGUGCUUAUAGCCAUCCCGAAAGAUGUGAAAGUCAACGUCACGUUCCGAGUUACUGCAGUCGAACCAUGCGAUGGGUUUGUAUGCCCAACAAGCGAUCAACAAAACUGUAUUCCUGAUAGAUGGUUCUGUGACGACAUAUCUGAUUGCUUGGAUGAUUCUGAUGAAUCAAACUGUUCUGUUUGUCCAGAUGGUCUAUCUCCAUGCUUCUUUGAUGAGUCUAUCUGUUACAAUUAUACUGCCGUUGGAUGUGAUGGAAGCUAUGAUUGCCCAGGAGGUACUGAUGAAUACAAUUGUCCAGGAUGUUUUGCAUGUAAUGGUUCAUCGGACUGUUUAGUUGACCUUCAAGUUUGCAACUUCUAUAACGAUUGUCCUUAUGGGGAAGAUGAGGCCAAUAAUCUUUGCAAUCAUACAGAGUUUAAAAGCUUACAUGACAUCCAAGUUGGCGUUUGGACGGACUUCAGUGAAGUAUUAGUAUCCCAAAGAAUUCUUGAUGGUCGUGAUACUCCAGCUAGUCAAUUCUACGAUUUCACCCACUAUGCCUUUGAAAGUCCUGAAGGAUCUACACUGUUUAUGGAGAUACAGAGUUUGACAGUGAACCUGACCGGACCUCUCUUGGAACUUGUUCGUGUCUCGGCCGGCUAUUGGACCGACCCAACAGAUGUCGGGACAGCCCUAGCGUACGCAAAUGGAUAUGGCUAUUUUGAAAGCCAUAGCUACAGCAGGAACUUUUCUCUUGUUGAUAAUAAAGGAUAUCUUCUUUUCGCCAUCCCCAAAUCCGUUGCCGGAACCUUCAAUAUCACUUUCAGAGUCACAGCCAUCGAAUGUGAGUAUCCAGAGGAACUCUGCAAUGGAUCUCUUCACUGCCUGGACAGGAUACAGGAAACAUGUGAUGGUGAAGUUCAGUGCCUUGAUAGUGAAGAGGAUGAAUACGGAUGUGACGCAUGCUUCCAUGGCGAAUAUUGCUGGUAUGAAUAUAAGUGUGUUCAGCCUCGUGAUAGAUGUAAUGGACUUGAUGACUGUGCAAGUGGAAGUGAUGAGCGUGAUUGCCCAGGAUGUACCCCUUGUAACGGAGCCGGUUGGUGCCCUGCUGAUAUCCAAGUUUGUGACUAUAUCAAGGAUUGCCCAAGUGGUGAUGAUGAGGCGGAAAGUCGCUGCAACCAUACUGCGUUUAUCAAUGAGGUCAACCUAGCUCCUGGGGAGUCUAUCACCAUAGAGAGAAGUUGGCUGGAUGGCGCUUACGGGGAUCGCGACACACCCGCCAGCGAUUUCUACAACUUCACCCACUAUGUCUUCAACGCCAAUCCCGGUUCAACGCUCUCCGUCGAGAUGCACAACAUCACAGUGUAUGGUGAUCCCAGCCCCCUAAACGUGAUCUUCAAAGUUUUAGUCGGGACUGGAGUCAAUCCUGGUACUGAUGAGAAUAACGUUGCAUACUUUGGACUUUAUUACAACUACACCGUUAGCAAUUCUCAGAACUUCUCCAUUCCUGAUUCUGUGGGCUACGUGCUUAUAGCCAUCCCGAAAGAUGUUCAAGCCAACGUAACGUUCCGAGUUACUGCAGUCGAAUGUUUUGAGUUUUCAUGCCCAACAAUUUAUCCCAUCCAUGGUAAUUGCAUCUCUGAAGACUGGGUCUGUGACAACAUAACUGAUUGCUUGGAUGGUAGCGAUGAAGCCGAUUGUGAUGUUUGCCCAGAAGGUCUGUACCCAUGCUACUUUGAUGAUUCAAUCUGUCUUAAUUAUACUGCUGUUGGAUGUGAUGGAAACUACGAUUGCCCAGGUGGUACGGACGAAUACAACUGUACAGGAUGUUUUGCCUGUGAGGGAAGCACCUCUUGUCAGUACGAUAAUACGGUCUGUGACUUCUUUGGCCAUUGCACGGGAGGGGAAGAUGAAUCAGAGGAUCUGUGCAGACAUUCUGAAUUCAUCCAGAAUGUGCUGGUGUCAACCGGGCAAUGGGUUGACAUUACCGUAACGUCUGGAAACGUGGAGAAUCGCAACACCCCGGCAAGCGACUUCAUUGAUUUCACGCACUACGUGUUCCGUGGAGAUCCAGGCACGACCCUUUUCAUGGAGAUUCAGAACUAUACUUGGUCCGAUGGCCCACUCGCCUCCCUCCUCCGCCUCUAUGCUGGCUCCGGAGAGGACCCCACUGAUGCAUCGGCUAACGUAGCAUUCCUAUAUGGUGAUGGUUAUAGUCUGUCCCUAAGCGACUCCUAUAACUUUUCGCUUCGGAGUAACACUGGUUAUGGACUCGUUGGUAUUCCAAAAGAUGUGAAUGCUUCUAUUCAGCUUCGGGUUACAGCAAUUGCCUGUGACGAGACUGAGAGUCUAUGUAUUGGAUCACCACACUGUGUUAACCUGGAAACUGACCUAUGUAAUGGAGAAUAUGAGUGCAUCUACAGUCAGGAGGACGAACUGAAUUGUGACGAGGGAGUGUGUGAUGUUUCCUGCACUUUGAAUGGAUCGUCUUGUCUAUAUCCUCAUGAUUACUGUGAUGACGAGAUUGACUGUGCUGGCGGAGAGGAUGAAUAUGCUUGUGAUUCAGAUUGUUUCAAGUGCCCAGGAUAUUAUACUUGCAUUUAUGACUCUGUGGUUUGUGAUUUCUAUGAUAAUUGCUAUGGUGGAGCAGACGAAGCAGAAAGUCUCUGCAGAGAUUCACAAUUUAUCUUACCGGUGGAUGUGACAACUGAGGAGUGGAUCACCAUUGAACAACGUUCAGGAGAUGCUGUGGAAGAUCGCGGCACGAGGGCCAGCGAGUUCUACGACUUCUACCAUUACGUCUUCUAUGCCGAUCCUGGUGCGACGCUCUUUGUGGAGCUGCUGAACUACACAUGGUCCGAGAACGCACCUCAGGUUAUCCCUCUUCUGCGUAUCAUUGCUGGAGCUGGUGAAGAUCCGGCAUCUGGUCCAAAUAACAGAGCAUACUAUGAUGCAACAGGGUACGAGUACAGUAUCAGCUCGUCAGACGCUUUCUCCUUGACCAACAGCACAGGCUUUGUUCUCCUUGCUUUCCCCAAGAAUGUGGAAGCGUAUGUAGAGUUCAGAGUCACAGCAAUCGAAUGUGUGGAUAAUUCUACCCCAUGUAAUGGAUCACUUCAUUGUUACGAUCCAGACACUGAAGAAUGCGAUGGAACAGUGCAAUGCAUAGAUAGUGGAGAGGAUGAAGAUGAAGAGUUAUGUACGAAAGAAUGUGAUUUUGAGUGUAACUAUGGCGACGCCUGUGUUGAGUACGAUAAGCUAUGUGACGGUAAAUACGAUUGUCCUGGAGGAUCAGAUGAAUUGUACUGUCCAGAUUGUUUCGACUGUAACGGAACGUACUAUUGCCUAUAUGAACAUAUGAUCUGUGACUACUAUGCUCAAUGCCCGGGUGAUCAGGACGAAGCUGACUGUGGGUACUCUCAAUCCAUUAAUAAUUACACGUACGUUCCAACCGGAGAAUGGGUAGAUAUCAACAUAACACCGGGAAGCCCUCAGCAUCGCCAGAACUUCUCCAACGACUUCUUGGACUUCACGCACUAUGUAUUCCGUGGAGAUCCAGGCACCACUCUCUUCAUGGAGCUUAGGAAUUACUCUUGGAGCGACGGACCUCUCGCCUCCCUCCUCCGCAUCUACGCUGGGUUUGGAGAGUAUUCCACCGAUUCGACCACCAUCACGGCUUACCUGAUGGAACAAGGGUACAGCUCCUCCAUCAGUGACUCCUUUAACUUCUCUCUGCGGAGUGACAUCGGUUAUGGUCUGAUUGUUAUUCCUAAGGGCAUGAAUGCCUCCGUUCAGCUGCGGGUCACAGCUAUUGCAUGUGACAGCACUGAGAGUCUAUGUAUUGGAUCGCCUCACUGUGUUAACCUGGAAACUGACCUAUGUAAUGGAGAAUAUGAGUGCGUCUACAGUCAGGAAGACGAAUUCAAUUGUGAUGACGAAUGUGAUUUAUCCUGUCCCUACACAUAUGAAAGCCCGAUCUGUCUUUAUUACCAUGACGACUGUGAUGGUCAAUAUGACUGCCCUGCUGGAGAGGAUGAGUAUGGCUGUCCAGGCUGUUUCGAAUGCCCAGAGUUUAAUGCCUGCAUACUAGAUCAGUUCGUGUGUGAUUACUCCAACGAUUGCUACGGGGCCGCAGAUGAAGCAGAAAGUCUUUGCAAGCACUCGGAUUAUAUUAUGCGGGUGAAUGUCGCAACUGACGAUUGGGUCACAAUCGUUCAGGAGAGGCGUUCCGAAGACCCUUUGGAAGAUCGUGGCACACGAGCCAGCAAGUUCUACGACUUCUACCAUUACGUCUUUGAGGCAGAUCCUGGUACAAUCCUCUAUGUAGAACUGGAAAACAUCACAUGGUCUGAAAGUGAAGGUGGACUGACGCCAUACUCGCGCUUCAUCGCUGGAAGUGGUGAUAACCCAGCAGACAGCCUGUCGAAUAGAGCAUACUUUUAUUCCACUGGAUAUAAUCACACUAGCACCUCAUCCAACGUUUUCUCCCUAACCAACAGCACAGGCUUCGUUCUUCUUGCUUUUCCUAAGGAUGCGGACGCUUAUGUGGAGUUCAGAGUCACGGCUAUCGAAUGUGAAAUCUUUACUUUGCCUUGUUCUGGAUCCCCUCAUUGCUUUUAUCUUGAGGAAUGGUGUGAUGGGACAGUACAAUGUCUCGACAGUGGAGAGGAUGAAUAUUGCACAACAACCACUCCUGCCACCAGUUCUACAAUAAGUCAUAAUACAAGUUCUCCAACCAGUCCUACAACUACCCCUACUACUACAUCCAUUUCUCCAAGUCCUACGGACACAUAUGUGAAUGUACCAGUUGGUAGUGAGUGGCAUGAAGUCAACAAUGUCAUUGGUGUUCUUCAGGAGAAUGGUGAUUACCUGGAAGCCAUAUGGCGAUUCCACGCUCCCAGCGACUCCUACGUCCUCCUGUUUGAAGUGACUCCAGCCUAUGUCCUUAGUCCUGGCUCUGAAGUCCUUUUUGGCACAGAUCCAUUCUUUGAUCCUCAUGUUGCUCAAAUUAUACAUUUUGGGACUGAUAUUCCAUUUGGAAUAUAUGACUUCUAUGUGCUAAAUGAUGAGGCUUUUGUGUCGAUCAUGGUACCAGUGGAUUCAUCAACGGACGAGACCAGUUUGCAGUUCCGCGUCAGAGCUGAACUACAUGAUUGUGCAGGAGAUCAAACCCCAUGUGUUGAGUGCAGUGGUGAAAUAUGUUCUCCUGUAUUGGAUUGUUCUGUAUCAGAUGAUUAUCGGUGUCCAGAUGUUUGACAACCUUCUCCGUGACUUUCACCAUUCAUGACAAGGAUUUUUUUUUUCAAGGAUCGUUUGAUAGCCUUUUCUUCCUCAAAUUGGCAACUCCAUGCAGUGGUCAAAGAGUCAAAACUUCAUUUUUUCCACGAUGAACACACAAGCAGCUUUUCAAGUGAGCUAUCCUCACAUUACAACAAAGACAAAGCAGUGCAGGAAAGCUGCUUCAAAUGAAAAGACGCAAAGCACCUUUAUUGCCGGAGGCUUGCUGAAAGACGCAGCAUGCACUUUUGACAAGGUGCCUAACACCCUUGCGUAUUAUCCAGUGUAUAUUUCACAACUGCUUUGUUUAACUUAAGUACCAGGGUUUAACACUGAUGGUCAUUAUCACCUUUUCAAUCACUGUUCUUGUAAUAACCAAGUCUUAAUCCUUUAGCACCCUUACUUAUUGUCCAGUGUAUAUUUCACAACUGCUUUGUUUAACACAAGCACCAGGGUUUAACACUGAUGGUCAUUAUCACCUUUUCAAUCACUUUUCUUAGAAUAACCCUGUCUUAAUCCUUUGUCAUGAAUAAGGUAACUAAUACUACACUACAUUUAUAAGUAUGAAUCAAUAUAUUAACAAUUCUUUCAGCUAAUCCUGGAGAUUUACUUUUGUUAUUGGGCUUUGGGGAUAAAAGUAGAUAGUAGUUUAGAUUAUGUAUGGCGAACUGAAAUGUGUUUCAUGUAUUAAUUUUGUUAAUUGAAAUAAUUUUGUUAAUGGGUGCUUUUUUCACAAGUAGUUGUUGAAUUACAUUAUAGAAACUAACAUUUGUCAUUUAGAGUAUGAGUUUUGUAUUCAAAAUGUAAUUUAAGACAUAAUGGAAAGCUUAUCGCACAUUUUACCUGUAUACAAAAAUUUAAAAGAAAACAAAAUGCUAUUUACACUUGAGAUUUUACAUAGUUCUAAGAACUUUGGUUCUUUUUUUCUUCUGCUUUUUUCAAUAUAACAUUUAAUGCUUCUUAAAAAGAUUGAUAAUAAUUAUACCUGUUAUAUAGUGUUUAACAUUUACUUGAUCAGAAGUCUCUAAGCACGUACUGUGUUUCAAGGAAUACAUUCUUACCAGGUACCCAUUCACCUCACCAGGGUUGAGUGCAACACAAUUCAAUUUUACCAUUCAAAGAAUGAAAACAAUAAUAAAAAAAAUGAUUUUCUGAAUUUUAGUUACAUGGUGCUUGUAAACUAUACCCGUAUUUUAUCAUUUGAUUUAGAUUUUCUUCAUUUUUAUUUGUGAAAUUCAUGUGUGUUUGUAAACAUUAACCCCGGUCUUUCAAUAUGUGUAUGAAUUGUGUUUGUAUGAGAGUACUAUUUAACGUUAAUCAGUAAGAAAAUAUUCUUUUGAGAUUUAUUUUAAACUGAAAUGUCUAGCUAAGGAUUGUAAAAAUUAUGAAUGUUUCUUGGUAGUAUAAGAUUGAUAUUUGGAACAUCCUUAAAAGAAAAAAAAUAAUAGGAAAUGCAUACGUCAGAGGAAAAAGUCUUAUUUUAAAUUGGAAAAGUUUGGAAAACAUGUGCAGUGCAUAUUGUUCCUGAGGUGCGUUUCAUGUAAGGUCUUGUAGGACGUUUUAUCCGACAGUUGCCAUAGGAAUUGUGCUUCUGAGCCAAUCAACAUCAAGGGAAGUUUUCAGAUCUGACUUGUCAGACUAAAUUUUGGAUGAAAUGCUCCCUUGUUCUUUGUAGGAAUUCUGACAUUUUGCACUUGCAGCUAUUAUCACCCAUGUUCCUUUCUUAAUCUGUUACCUACUUUAACCAAUGUGGUGUCUUUUGCAAGGCAUUUGGAAAUUUGAGGAAUCAGUAGUCACUGGGUUAAAAUACUUUCUGGGGCCCAUUUCAUAAAGCUUCACAGCCAUUGUAAGCUGGACUGUGAUUGGCUGAUGAGUCAUGUUACCAUGGAAUUUGCCAUGGUUGUAGCUCUUUAUGAAACAGAACCCUUUUCUGACCAAGCCUGCCACUCUGUGAUCAUCAGAACAGUCUAAUGUCUUGCCCAACAGGUUCACUAGUACUACAUGGGUCAAGAGCCAUCUAUAUUUCAGUGUAUGCCAUUGUCAGUUGGGUAAUCUGUUUACGUCACCCCAACAUCUUACAUUUUUCAUGUAUCUGAAAUUAAAAGAUUUUUUUCAUUUUA